CAGGGGAGGCACGCGCCGCGUGCGCCCCGCAGCCGGCCGCCCGGAGGCAGCGCAGUCCGCUGGCAUGGGCCCCGGGGGUGCCCGGGGCCGGGGCUCUGGGCUGAGGCGCUGAAAGGCGCCCUCCUGUCCGCGGGGCCCCGCGCCCGGCCCGCCCGCCUGCCUGCGGCCAUGGCCGUCCGGUCCGGCCUGUGGCCAGCGCUCCUGGGCAUAGUCCUCGCCGCCUGGCUCCGCGGUUCGGGUGCCCAGCAGAGUGCCACUGUGGCCAACCCGGUGCCCAACCCGGUGCCCGGCUCCAGCCCAGACCUGCUUCCCCACUUCCUGGUGGAGCCCGAGGACGUGUACAUAGUCAAGAACAAGCCGGUGCUGCUGGUGUGCAAGGCCACACCCGCCACACAGAUCUUCUUCAAGUGCAACGGGGAGUGGGUGCGCCAGGUGGACCACGUGAUUGAGCGCAGCACGGAUGGGAGCAGCGGACUGCCCUCCAUGGAGGUCCGCAUCAAUGUGUCGCGGCAGCAGGUGGAGAAGGUGUUUGGGCUGGAGGAGUUCUGGUGCCAGUGCGUGGCGUGGAGCUCCUCGGGCACCACCAAGAGUCAGAAGGCCUAUAUCCGCAUUGCCUAUUUGCGGAAGAACUUUGAGCAGGAACCACUGGCCAAGGAGGUGUCGCUGGAGCAGGGCAUCGUGCUGCCCUGCCGCCCACCGGAGGGCAUCCCCCCAGCCGAGGUGGAGUGGCUCCGGAACGAGGACCUUGUGGACCCAUCCAUGGACCCCAAUGUGUACAUCACGCGGGAGCACAGCCUAGUGGUGCGACAGGCCCGCCUGGCCGACACAGCCAACUACACCUGCGUGGCCAAGAACAUCGUGGCUCGUCGCCGCAGCGCCUCCGCUGCUGUCAUCGUCUAUGUGAACGGUGGGUGGUCGACGUGGACUGAGUGGUCUGUCUGCAGCGCCAGCUGUGGGCGCGGCUGGCAGAAAAGGAGCCGGAGCUGCACCAACCCGGCGCCUCUCAACGGGGGCGCCUUCUGUGAGGGGCAGAAUGUCCAGAAAACAGCCUGCGCCACCCUGUGCCCAGUGGAUGGCAGCUGGAGCCCGUGGAGCAAGUGGUCAGCCUGUGGGCUCGACUGUACCCACUGGCGGAGCCGUGAGUGCUCAGACCCUGCACCCCGCAAUGGAGGCGAGGAGUGCCAAGGCGCUGACUUGGAUACCCGCAAUUGUACCAGCGACCUCUGUGUGCACACUGCUUCCGGCCCAGAGGACGUGGCCCUCUAUGUGGGCCUCAUAGCCGUGGCCGUGUGCCUCCUCUUGCUACUGCUCGUCCUCAUUCUUGUGUACUGCCGCAAGAAGGAGGGACUGGACUCGGACGUGGCCGACUCGUCCAUCCUCACCUCAGGCUUCCAGCCCGUCAGCAUCAAGCCCAGCAAAGCAGACAGUCCCCAUCUGCUCACCAUCCAGCCAGACCUCAGCACCACCACCACCACCUACCAGGGCAGUCUGUGUCCCCGGCAAGAUGGGCCCAGCCCCAAGUUCCAGCUCACCAACGGGCACCUGCUCAGCCCACUGGGCAGCGGCCGCCACACGCUGCACCACAGCUCGCCCACUUCGGAGGCGGAGGACUUCGUCUCCCGCCUCUCCACCCAGAACUACUUCCGCUCCCUGCCCCGCGGCACCAGCAACAUGGCCUAUGGGACCUUCAACUUCCUCGGGGGCCGGCUGAUGAUCCCUAAUACAGGCAUCAGCCUCCUCAUCCCCCCGGACGCCAUACCCCGAGGAAAGAUCUACGAGAUCUACCUCACACUGCACAAGCCAGAAGACGUGAGGUUGCCCCUAGCUGGCUGUCAGACCCUGCUGAGUCCCAUCGUUAGCUGUGGGCCCCCCGGAGUCCUGCUCACGCGGCCCGUCAUCCUCACCAUGGACCAUUGUGGGGAGCCCAGCCCCGAGAGUUGGAGCCUGCGCCUCAAAAAGCAGUCCUGCGAAGGCAGCUGGGAGGACGUGCUGCACCUGGGGGAGGAGGCGCCCUGUCACCUCUACUACUGCCAGCUAGAGGCCGGCGCCUGCUACGUCUUCACAGAGCAGCUGGGCCGCUUCGCCCUGGUGGGAGAGGCCCUCAGCGUGGCUGCCGCCAAGCGCCUCAAGCUGCUCCUGUUCGCCCCAGUGGCAUGCACCUCCCUCGAGUACAACAUCCGAGUCUACUGCCUGCACGACACCCACGACGCACUCAAGGAGGUGGUACAGCUGGAGAAACAGCUGGGAGGACAGCUGAUCCAGGAGCCCCGCGUCCUGCACUUCAAGGAUAGCUACCACAACCUGCGCUUGUCCAUCCACGAUGUGCCCAGCUCCCUGUGGAAGAGCAAGCUGCUCGUCAGCUACCAGGAGAUUCCCUUUUAUCACAUCUGGAAUGGCACACAGCAGCACCUGCACUGCACUUUCACCCUGGAGCGUGUCAGCCCCAGCACCAGCGACCUGGCCUGCAAGGUGUGGGUGUGGCAGGUGGAGGGCGACGGGCAGAGCUUCAACGUCAACUUCAACAUCACCAAGGACACGAGAUUCUCUGAGCUGCUGGUCCUGGAGAGUGAAGGGGGGGUCCCAGCCCUAGUGGGCCCCAGUGCCUUCAAGAUCCCCUUCCUCAUUCGGCAGAAGAUCAUUACCAGCCUGGACCCACCCUGCAGUCGGGGUGCCGACUGGCGGACUUUGGCCCAGAAGCUCCACCUGGACAGCCAUCUCAGCUUCUUUGCCUCCAAGCCCAGCCCCACAGCCAUGAUCCUCAACCUGUGGGAGGCGCGGCACUUCCCCAACGGCAACCUCAGCCAGCUGGCGGCAGCAGUGGCCGGACUGGGCCAGCCAGAUGCCGGUCUCUUCACAGUGUCAGAGGCCGAGUGUUGAGGCCGGCAAGGCCCACAACGCCUACACUCUCACCAGCUUUGGCGCCCGCCAGGAACAGGCAGAAGCCAAGACAAGGCCCUUCCCCACCACCGGGGAGAGCUGCGCGGACAGGCCCCCUCCUGGCGGAUGCUGUCCCCUAUCACUGGCCCUUUCAGACCCUGCCCGCACUCCCUCCCCUCCACGGCCUGUCCGGCCAGGCUGGCACUGCCACCUGCUCUCACUCUGCCCGGGCCCCCGGGUCCCAGGGUGGAUGGCGCCUGGAGCUCAGGCUGGGCCCACCCCAUCGGUGUGUGUGUCUGUGUGUGUGAUGUUACCUCUCCUCCUGCCCUGGCCAGGGGGCCGCAUACACACCAGCAGGCACGCACGCCAUGGGCUCGGGACGUGGCCCCAGAGCUCCUGCCUGAGCUGGAUCUUAUGCAAACAUUUCCGUGCCUGCUGGGUAGGGGCACAUCUGAGGGGCUCGGCUCCAAGCCUUCGGGACUGAAGGCCACAGCUGAACAGGGGGCGGCCCCUGCAUUCAGGCGCACAACCACCACACGGCCAUGUCCCCACGCAUGUCCUGUGUGCUCCUAUCACCUGUGUCCCCCUGACACGCAUCUCAUGCCGCACACCCAGAGGCUGCUCACGUCUCUCAUGCCCGGUGUCAAUCCACACCUGCCUCUCACAUGCUGCCCUUCUCCCACCUACCCAGGGACACCCAACGGCUCCUCCCUGUCCUCCUUCUCCUGCCCCCAGCCAUGAGGAGCCCUGCCCAACAGGGCAUGUGAAUAUGCAAUGGGAGUCCCGGGCUGGACAAUGGCAAGUGUGCGUGCCGUGGCGUGCCCAUUCCUGGGGCUGGCAGGUGCCCCAUGUGGGACCUGUGGUGUGAAGUUUGUGCCCUGACUCUGUUUUAAGUGCAUUCGUGCACUUACACUUGGCCUUAUGUACACAGCCUUGCCCGGCCGCCAGGGCACGUAGGGAUUUUAGCGGACGUGAAUGUAAAUAAAUUAUAUAUAUAUAUUGCUAA